CACCUCGCUUCGGUUUGUUGUCGUUUUUUGUUUUCUACUAAAGUAGAUCGUCCGUGCUUAUUUGUCCGUCCGGAGUUGUUCGCGGAAGUCCCUCUUUUUCGCUGAACCAGUCCCUGCUGCAGGCCUCGACCUAUACUUUUAGAGAAGCAGCAGCUACCGAACUGUAUGGCACAAAACCCAAGUGGGAGCAGGUGUUUAGGGCUGAGCUGAUUGGUGGUGACACUUGAUGGCCAGUGGGCCCUUGGGUGAGGAGGAGGGAAGCCGAUGGGGUGGCUGGGGGGAAGGAGGAGAGGAGGAUGAAGAUGCUGGCAGUGACAUCACCAUGGACAGCACAGCCACGAGCCUGGUGGGCUGCCGACCCCGAAAUGGCUCUCUCAGCUCCGAGGCCCCUUCCGAGGCUGUCCCGGACAAGUAUGGCUUCCUAGGUGGAUCCCAGUACACUCGGCCCAAUCCGUCACGUCGUGUACCCCUUCAAGUUCAGUGGAAGCGAGAGCUUAAGUGGAGGGACAUGCUGGAGAAUUGGGAGCGCUACAUGACCAAGCACUUCAAGAAGGUUCGAGACAGAUGUCGCAAAGGCAUACCCUCAUCAAUGCGCUCCGUUGCCUGGAUGAACCUGUGUGGGGGCCGGUUUUUGAUGGAGAGCUAUCCGGGGAAGUUUGCUGAGCUUGACAAACAUCCAGGUGAUCCACGGUGGGUCGACGACAUCAGGAAAGACCUGCAUCGACAAUUUCCGCAGCACGAAAUGUUUGUGAAGGACCACGGCCAUGGGCAGGAAGACCUCUUCCGAAUACUGAAGGCUUACUCGGUGCUGAACCCUGCAGUGGGCUACUGCCAGGGCCAAGCGCCCAUUGCAGCCGUUCUGCUCAUGCACAUGCCAGCUGAGCAUGCCUUUUGGUGUCUCGUGGCUGUCUGCGAUAAAUACCUGCGAGGGUACUACAGUCCUGGACUGGAUGCUGUCCAGCUGGACGGUGAAAUACUUUUUGCGCUACUCAAAAGAGUUUCACCAUCUGCACAUCGUCAUUUAAAAAAGCAGCGUGUGGAUCCCAUCAUGUACAUGACUGAAUGGUUCAUGUGUGCCUACAGCCGCACUUUGCCCUGGGCUACUGUGCUGCGUGUGUGGGACGUCUUUCUCUGUGAAGGCGUGAAAGUGCUUUUUAAAGUUGCUCUGGUGCUACUGCGAGGUGUGCUUGGUGGUGGAGACCUCGGCAAGCGCUACCCAGCCAUGUUCGAGACCUUGGAAGCCUUGCGGUCUUUGCCCGAGCCACUUGUUCAAGAAGACUAUCUCGUCACACAGCUUGUUCAGCUGGACGUCACCAGCCACGACAUGAUGAAGGAGCACCAGCGACAGAUUGCCAAGAGGCGGCUUGCGCAGCUCUCCAAAGUGAAAACCUAGCGUAGGAACUUGUAAGAGAGUCAUUGGUGCUGCAGCUACCUGUUGGUACCCAGAGGCCAAUAGCCACUCUGUCUAAGAGAGAGCUAGGCUUUCUUGGUGAAAUAUCGUCCUGCUUUCUCUAAACAAAAGAAGAGAGAAGAAAAAGAAGCGCAAUAUGACAGGGUUGCCUAAGGCGAUUCGAGACUUCUCACAGCAUGUUGAAUUACAUGAAAGGGGAUACCUCGGUGUAAGGGUUGCACAUUGGGUUUCACCAGAAAAAUGCCUCUCUAUUCAAAACUUAAUGCCGUGGCUAGCCUCGGUCAGUCUCUUUGGGAGCUGUUUUUUUUAAAUGCAGUUCACCAUGCAUUGUGAUGUUGCACUGUAGCGCUGGGCAUCCAAUCGACACGUUUGGGAAUUUUCCAAUGCGAGAAAAAUGCAGCUUCAAGGUAUAAGGUUUCCUUGGUCACACCUAUAUCCACCUGGUGCAAAGUGGUGCACACAGAUGGCCUGCAAAGAAUGUAGUUCCGGUUAUUUCCUAGUUGUACACGAUUGGUGGAAGCAUGCAGGAAUUUUUUUUAGCGAGGGAAAAGCAUUGACAAUAGCUGAGGAUUUGUGGUCACGUGGCACUGCAGCUAGCAUAGUACUAGGUUGUGAAGGUCAGUGCGUAGCUUAACAAGAAAUUUGUGGUGCAAACAGAGGACUUACAAACAGAAAAAGACCAUAUAGGAUUUCUUCUUUAGUUCUUUUUCUUUAAUUUUCAGUUCACACCACAAAUCUUUUGUUUAGCUGUAGCAGGCGUAUUAUAGAUGGAGAGAGAAUAGUAAUGCAGCAGCAUAAUUCUUUGUAGUGAGAUUUAGUGGGAGAAAGUGAGAAACUUUUGUGGAAGAAACUUCGAAGGUGUUCACAUACCUUUACUGCACUACCUUCUGCUUUAGGCACUUUCCACCCUUGCGCAUUCUAGAUUAGCUGUACCAGGUGUGCAUGCAAUGUGGCCUUAGCUCUGUUGUGCAUUCAGAGUUGUGCCAUCAAGUCCAAUCUGUUCACUGCGACUUAGCCAGCACGUAAAGCUGGCACUUGGUCAAAACGGUAGCACAUGAAGCAGAGCUGAUAGUUUUACAGUAAGACUUUGUGUUGCGGCUGAGAAGUGCUUAUAGCUGUAGCAUUUGACCAAACAAUAAGAAGUGUUUUUCGCUAGAAAAAGCCCAGUAACGCACUCCCAGGAGGCUGCUUUGAAUCAUGUCUGGUUUUUAGAACUUCUACAGAACAAUAGCUUAGCUUAAUAUCUGUGAAUUCACUGCCCAUUACAGUGAAUUCAAGACUAUAGUAUCACUUGUGUACUUUUGCGAGUGACAGGUGCAAAAUAUUUUAAAUAUAUCACUUGUUGCCAUUUAUUGUAGUCAGUAGAAGACCAUAAUCGAGGCACAGACUUUGCCAGGCAGGUGCCCUUUACAACAAUCCAGCAGCUUAAAAGUCUAGUCAUAAUAAAAUCGUACAAACCGUAUCAUAUAUUUUGGCUGAAGUUCCCAUGUAGGCAUGGAUAACAAGCUGUAUAUGUGUCUCCAUUUAAUAUUUACCUCGACUACAACUUGACGUGAGCUUUAGUCCUUGGAGAGUUUCUAGGAACAUGCAUAGUGUAUCACUAGGCUAAUAGCCUGAAGAGUGGUUAAUAAUGCCUCUGAUAAAGGAAAGACGGUAACACAGUGUGUCUUACAUAUUUUAUGUUCACACAUAUAACCUGCCUCAUGUAUAAACUGCAUAGCUUAUCAUGGCUGUUAAGGUCUUUAAAUUUAAAAGCAAGUAAAGACCGUUCUGCCAGCACAAUAGCCUGCCACUGCAGUCCUUUAUUGAAACUGCAGUGUGGCUUUGCCGUUACACACCAUAUUUACACACAAAUUUUUCCUGCAGAUGCGCAUUCUAGGCAGCGUUGCAGCAUUGAUGUGAAUCCGCUUGUGCAGGCAUAUGUAAAUCUCGUAUUUUUGUUUCUUGUGGUUAACAAGCUUUCAGCCCCUGUUUCAAAAAGCAAAAGCAUCACCAUUACAUACCAGACGCUCAUCAUUGGAGUGCUGCAGCUGCAUUUCCCAAAACACUGAAUAAUUCUGGAUUUCACGUCCACUAACCUGUUGGGGUAAACCAAUGUUGCGAAGUUGCACUCUAGUCUUAGCCUCACCUUUCUCUCUGGACAAAGUUGGCAUUGGCUGAUGUGGCAGCAUUUUCAGAAGUUAUGAACAAAACCGAAACUUACUUCGGCAGCAGCUGAAAUGGGGACCCGUGAACUACCGUGAAGGGACCAACUCUUCCAUUGCCUUUCACUCUAGCACUCUUGUAAGAGGGCAGCAAUACAGAAAAGUACUUUUCAUACAACCACGCUGGUGUUUAAGAAUGCCUGGUUGUAUGUGGACAUUGAUGAAAGUACUUUCUCUCUAUUUCUUUGUUGUGUAGACCGUUUAUUGUAAGUUGACAUUGGUCGUACCUUUCAGACACCUCAAGUGAGUUGCACUGUUCUACGUAGAUUUCAAUCAUAGAAGGCCCUCUUUAAUGAAAUAGAAAUUUCUGUGCGAUGGGGAUGGGCCACUUUUCUAAACAUGCAACAUUGUUUGGGUGAAGUUAUUUUCCUUGUGACUGUGGGGUGACAUUUGCCUGACUGGUACACCCAUACAAUUGUAUUACUGUGACCUACUAAACUAUAUUACUUACCAAGUUCCUGGUAAAUAUUAGUAUUACAGGGUCAGCAGAGGGGCUGUGGUCAUGUUCUGACUGGAGUUCCAAUCUAUUUAAUUUUUUGCACCGCAUCGCUAUUGUUAAAUGACAGUGUUCCUCACAGUGUUCUUUCAGUGUCUUUUGUGUGGCUAUAAAGUGGUGGUGCUUUCUGGAACAAUCACUUAUCUUAGAUUUUUGACCUAAAAGAUGCUUAGAUUCUGCCCGAGCAUCUGGACGAAAUUUCACCAUGCCUGAUGCAAACUUAACUAUUAACACCCACACGAAUUGUGCCACCGUACUUAGCUCUGCUUUACCGAGUGAGAUAAUGCAGCACGCAAUGAUCAAUAAAGAUAAGGUGCACUGUUAAGGGGUCCUGAACCACUUUUCACAAGUGAAUAAAAGACACAGAUGCC